GAUAAUGGUGAUGACCGGUCCGAGAGCAUCCUUACAGAGAACCACGUGGAUGGCACCGCAGGGAUCCUAAGUGGAGCUGGUGGGAGGAAGCCCAUGAAGUCAGGCAUGAAGGAGCUGGCAGUUAUGAGGGAGAAGGUGAACGAGCAGCAGCGGCAGAUGGGCAAAGUCGGCAAGGCCCAUCACAACCAUGAGGACUCGAAGAAGUCGCGGCUGUCGACGGGCAGGACCCCUUGUCAGCAGGAGCUGGAUCAGGUCCUGGAACGCAUCUCCACUAUGCGGCUGCCAGAUGAGCGAGGUCCCCUGGAGCACCUCUACUCCCUCCACAUCCCCAACUGUGACAAGCAUGGCCUCUACAAUCUCAAACAGUGCAAGAUGUCGGUGAACGGGCAGCGUGGCGAGUGCUGGUGUGUGGACCCCAUCCAUGGGAAGGUGAUCCAGGGUGCACCCACCAUCCGUGGGGACCCCGAGUGCCACCUCUUCUACACAGCCCAUGAGCAGGAGGACCGGGGAGCACAUGCCCUGCGGAGCCAGUAGAUGGAUGUGAUCCUGCUCGCUGGAGGUGGCUUGCCGUGGCCCCAGUGCUGGAUUUUACAUGGGUUUCAGCGUGUCUCUUUAGGCUCUGGAAGAGACUGGGGUUGGAUCCUGUGUGCUGCCCUCCUUCCCCUGCUGCCUGGCUCCUGGGGAGGGGAGGGAUGAUGGGAGGGGAAGGGCGGUUGGGGGGGGGUUGCAAAGAGAAGGGAGUGCUUUCCUAUAGCCUUUCACCCAACAUAAGCCAGAGAACCGGUCUUUUUUGCUCCUCACCCUGCAGCCCUGUCCUCCCUGCUGCUUUGUGG